AUUCAAAAGAGGAAGAGUCUCGUAAUAUUAAUCUCAAAGCUAAGAAACCAAGAAAGGCCCGGACAGCUUUCAGCGAUCACCAGCUUCAGACAUUGGAAAAAAGUUUUGAAAGACAAAAGUACCUCAGUGUCCAGGAUCGAAUGGAACUUGCCGCUAAACUUAAUCUAACAGACACCCAAGUGAAGACGUGGUACCAAAACAGAAGAACCAAAUGGAAGCGACAAACCGCUGUUGGUCUAGAACUUCUUGCUGAGGCCGGCAACUAUGCAGCUGUCCAGCGAAUGCUCCAGACGUCCCCCUAUUGGAUAACACACUACGCUAGCCUUUCUGGGCACUCUUCUCUUGGCUACGCUACAAAUUUAGACUAUCACUUUCGCCAGGCGGCAGCAGCAGCUAUUCAGAGACCAGUGUAUCCCAGUACGGUAUUUUCUCCUACUGUGGCGACCCCCGGUGGAAACAUCUCACCGGCAGAGUAUUUUGGAAGUGUUCAUCAUCGUACGUGAGUGUAUUUUAUAUAGACGAAAGAUUGGAACAAAAAAAAAACACGAUUUCCUCAAGCACCGAAGCUGAUUACACGCAAAUAUUUGGCGUAGACUGUGAAAUUGUAAAUAUAACUAAUAUGUUUUCUCUAAAAUAAGUUUAUUUUCAAGUUACUUCAGUUUUACUACUACGAGCAGUUCCUAUCCGACUUCAGUAUAUUUUACAGGUAGUUCCAAUACGUUGACUACAAAGUCCUGGACAUUAAAUUUAUUGAUACUAGAAAUCAGUUUCAAAUCGUUAAUCAAUUUGUCUAAACAUUAAGAAAAUGAAUUUCUAUAAAGUUCGAUACUCGCUAACUGGUUAAAAAACCAAAGUGUUAAAAUCCUUUAAAUGAUAUUGGUUAUAUAUACCUUAAUUAGGAGGUCUUAACACCAGAAGUUGUAACCAGCAUCUGGUUCGUAUUACACCGGAAAACUUUGGUCAUGUAUAUCCAAACUGUGAUGAAACGGAGUUCUAGAAACCAAAAGUUGUAACCAGCAUCUGGUUCGUAUUACACCGGAAAACUUUUGUCAUGUAUAUCCAAACUGUGACGAAACAGAGUUCUGGAAACCAAAAGUUGUAACCGGCAUCUGGUUCGUAUUACACCCGACAACUUUGGUCAUGUAUAUCCAAACUGUGACGAAACGGAGUUCUGGAAACCGAAAGUUGUAACCGGUCAUCUGGUUCGUAUUACACCCGACAACUUUGGUCAUGUAUACCCAAACUGUGAUGAAACGGAGUUCUGGAAACCAGAAUUUGUAUCGUGUUACUCUCAACAACUGUGGUUAUAUAUACCUAAACUCUAUUCAAAGAGAAGCUUUAAAGAAUAAUAUGUUUUAUCUCGAGAACUACGUACAAAGUAUAGCAGAGGUGCCAUUUGAUAAGUUUAGUUUUAAAAUGUUGAUGUAAUUGUUCAUAAUUGGAGAGUAAAUCUCUUCUAAUCAGUUUUA